AUGGCAUUUUAUCAAGCUGCAUUCACUGGAGUUUACAAUAUUAAAUUGUUUAAAUUAGUUGAAUUGGAAACUGACUGGAAUAAGAGUAUCGGCAUGAUGUUGUUUAAUAUAAUAGCGGUUUUGACCCUCAGUAUUUUACAAGAAGGUUAUGCUGUGCCAUGUACGUAUCCCGGACUGACAAUGUGUGAUUGCAUAGGAACAGUAAUUAAGUGUUUGGAACAAAACUUAACACAAAUACCGAGUACUAUACCUAAAAACACAACAGGCUUACCUUUUCAAAAAAAUAAGAUUAGUGUAAUAGAUGACACAUCAUUGUCAGGACUGACAUCGCUAAAGGAAUUAAUAUUAAGCUACAACGAAAUUUCUAUUAUAGAAGAUGGUGCUUUCUCGGAUUUACAGGCUUUGAAACGAUUAUUUCUUGUAUCAAAUAAAAUUGAUUCACUAGGAACCAAAUUGUCAGGGCUAACAUCGCUUCAGAAUUUAGAUCUCAGCUUGAACGACAUUUCUAGUAUAGAAGAUGGCGAGUUCUCUGGUCUUCUGUCUUUGGAAACUAUGAGUUGUUAG